AUGUCGAACAAAAAGGACAGUGCACAGGCGGAUGUCCUUGCGCCGCGCUCCAGGGAGCUCGAGUUCGGAGGGGUACUGGGUGCAUUGUUCAUUACGGUGACUGUGCCGCUCACCAUGUACUAUCUCACGUUUGGAUGCAGUCCCGAGAUGGGAUGCUCGUUGCCCCUAUCUGCUUCGAACGCUCAGGCCUUGUGGACCUAUGCCCGUCAGCAGCUUGUGGCCAGUUUCCAAGACCGCAUGGGAUGGAACCUGUAUUAUGCAUGGUACAUGUACUGUGUCGUUGCAUGGUUUGUGGUUGAUGGUAAAUGGGUCGAGGGCCUGCCUCUCCGCACAGGGGAAAAGCUCCGGUACAAGAUCAAUGCGCUCAAGACGGGCGCCAUUGCUUUGGGAUUUGCCAUGACGAUCAUAUUCAUCAAGGGUCCGGCAUCUUUCACGCUCUUGUAUGAUCACUUCCCUGGACUGCUCAGUGCUGCCUUGGUGAACUCGAUUCUGCAGGCCGUCUAUGUGUACGCUGCAUCGUUUCAUGGUAAAAAGCUCUUGGCCCUGGGAGGCAACAGCGGCAAUCCCAUCUUUGACUGGUUCAUCGGCCGCGAGCUGAAUCCUCGUAUCGGUGAAUUUGACAUCAAGACCUUCAACGAGCUGCGUCCGGGUCUCAUCCUUUGGGCGCUACUGGACAUAAGCUGUGUGUGCCACCAAUACACCAAGUUUGGUUGGGUCAGUGACAGCAUUGUUCUUGUGACACUGUUCCACAUUUGGUAUAUUGCCGAUUCGCUCAUCAAUGAAUCGACUAUUCUCACACAAAUGGACAUUACGACAGAUGGCUUCGGGUUCAUGCUCAGUGUUGGCGACCUUGCUUGGCUACCAUUCACGUACUGCUUACAAGCGCGCUUCCUGGCUUUCCAUCCGAUCCAUCUCGGCUGGCUUGGUGUGCUAGCGAUUCUCGCUGUUCAGUUCACAGGCUAUUACAUCUUCCGCGUGGCGAACCUUGAGAAGAAUGAGUUCCGUCAUGGACGUAAUCCCAAAGGACUGCAAUACAUGACGACGUCUAGCGGACGUAAACUACUCACUUCAGGAUGGUGGGGCAGAAGUCGUCACCCCAACUACCUCGGCGACUGGAUUAUGGGCUGGGCGUGGUGUUUGCCGUGUGGCUUUAGCACACCGAUCCCCUACUUUUACGUCAUCUACUUCGCCGUGCUGCUUUGGCACCGUCAGUUGCGCGAUGAUGAUGCAUGCCGCAAGAAGUAUGGAGCAGACUGGGACGUUUACUGCCGACGUGUUCCAUACCGCAUCAUCCCAUACGUAUACUAA